AUGUCUUUUGAAGAAGACCAAACCUCGGACUUGAAAGUUCUCUGGGAUCACGCAGUUCUCCUGCACGAUCAAUACGAAACCUCGAGCGAUUUGGCUCGCCUAGAGACUGCCAUAGCUGAAUACCGUUUGAUAGCGGCAGCGCACAAUACGGGUGAUGCCACGAGCAUGCCAUCGUGUCGUCUUGUCUUGUCUGCCUUGAGCCGUGCGCUGAUACGUCACUACGAGCGUCUCGGAAAUGGCGAGGACAUCACGGAGGCGGUGUCUCUCCUGCAAGAAACGCUUCCGUUGACGAAAUCGGAUACUGAGAGAGCAGACAUGCUGAUGGACCUGGCGAUAGCUUUGCGCGUGGAGUCCGAUCUCCCGAACAAAGAAUCCGGCCUCGACGAGGCCGUGGCUGUCGGGCGCGAGGCUCUGCUUCUCAGUGUUUCUGACACCCAGCAGCGUGCCAGCGCCCUGAUUACCCUCUCACGGGUCGUCGGAUCCCUAUAUCUUCGACGCAGCUCCGAGGAGUAUCUGGAUGAAUGCUUGUCCCUGGCCAACGAAGGUCUGCAAAUUGCUGCAGAUGACCAUCCUCUGCGAGCGCUGGCGUACUACUCGCUCUCUGUGGGCAUUUUCUGCAAGGUGGAGAAUUCAGGCGUGAUUGCGGAUCUCGAUAAAGGAGAGGAAGCAGCGAAACGCUCGCUGGAUCUACGACCGCCCGGGCAUCCGGACCGCCACAUGAGCUUUCAUGCGUUGAGUAUCAUUGCAGAUCUCAGGUUCCAUAUGACUGGGGAUCUGAUUGAUUUGGACAAAGCCGUUAGCUUUGCAAAGGAAGUCGUCGCUCUGCGUCCUGUGGGCCAUCCCGCGCGUGCAGCGAUACUUACGAACCUUGCUGGACAGGCAUUGUCGCGCUGGCAACGCUCGGAUGACGUUGCCGACUUGGAGUCCGCCUUGAAAUAUGGCCGGGAUGCGGUCGCUCUACAGCCCGAAAUCAAUACGUCUCGCUCCGUCGCUUUGAAUAAUUUGGCCGAGGUCCUACGAUUGCGCUAUCGGCGACUAGGAAAUGCUCAUCUCGAUGAUCUCGACGAGUCCAUCCUCCUGCUAAGAGAAGCUAGCUCCAUGGUCAACCCAGGUCAUUGGUCCUGGACCGGAUCACUCAACAAUCUCAGCGCCGCCCUGAAGGACCGCUACGAGCAAAGGGGGGACCCUGCUGAUCUCGAAGAGAUGGUGAAGCUGGCGCGGGACUCCGUGACGCACGCGGAACCAGGCGAACAUCUGCGCGGGGAUAACAUUUACAACUUGGCUGAUGCGCUUCGUCUCCGAUUCGAGCGCUUUGAGAAUGUGGAGGAUCUAAACGAGGCGAUCGAACUGCUCCGGUCAAUUCAGCGACCCGUCGACCAUCCUACUCGUGCCAACGACCUUGUAUUUCUCGGCGGAAGCUUGUUCAGUCGAUAUCAAAAGCAACAUGAACGCGCAGAUCUGGAUCAAGCUAUUGCCGUGCUCCAACAAGCAAUGAGCUCCUGCGAGCGGAAAGACAUCCUUGUGUAUGCGCUACGCUGGCUUGCACAGGCUCAGGCAACGCGAGCGAUACACUUCCCCAGCCCUGACGGUGUAGAGGUUGCGAGGGCUGUGUUCGAUCGCGCCCUCCAGCACCAUCCUACGGGUCAUAGCGAACGUAUGGAGUGCUUGUUCGCCCGUGCGGAGUUCGAAGUGCAGCUGGAGAAUGACGACUCUCGUCUGCUAGCGCUGAACCUGGCGUACGAAGCGAUCAACGACAACAACGCGCACCCGCAGCAGAGGCUCACACGAGCAUUCCAGCUCUUCGAACGCCUGAGAGAACCAACGUUGGCUAGUUUGCGCAGCGACUCCGAUCUUUCAUCCCGAGUGAUCGAUAUCUACGGCGCCGCCGUCGAGAUGUUGCCUAAAGUCGCCUACUUCGGUAUGGGAAUCGACUCCCGCCUUCGAGCGCUCGGUCGCGCAGGAGCGAUGUGUCCGGACGUCGUGGCUUAUGCAGGUCCAUGCUCUCGCAUGAAUAGGGCCCUAGAGAUUCUCGAAGCAAGUCGGACAGUAUUCUGGACGCAAGCUCUGCGACUCCGCACCUCCUUCGACAACUUACCCAUAGACAUCCGGGAAGAGUUAUCAUCGCUGUCUCGACAGCUUGAGAGGGGGAGUUUUAUAACAUCCACGGGGAGUAGUGCACUCAGUCGACCAUUACUGGACGAACACGAACAAGUCCAACGCAGGAAAGACACCGAGCGGCUGAACAGCCUGAUGGAACAAACACGAUGCACGCCUGGCUUCGAGCGAUGUCUACUGCACGAUGAAUUUUCGACGCUUGCAGAGGCCGCCUCGCAAGGUCCCAUUGUCGUCCUUGUUUCCAGCCCCCUCUCCUGUGACGCAAUCGUCUUACCGAAUCCAGGAAGCAUCCUUCGCGUGGCCUUGCCUUCAGUGACUGAAGGGUGGCUCCAACAAUCUAGCAUUGCCUGGCGGACUAGUACCGCCAGAGCGCGAGGUCAACUACGUGAUGAUAGGUUGUUGUUGAUGAAGCGACCUGUAACAUGCGGCUCCAGAGAAAAGCUGAUCAAGGUGGAAAAUGCAAUCCUCGCAGAACUCUGGGUCAGGGUCGUGGAGCCAAUCAUUCGAGAACUUAAAUUACGGAAAGCAACAGGUCGCGACCGACCACGAUUGUGGUGGUGCUGCAGCGGCGCGUUCUCGUUUCUUCCGGUGCAUGCUGCGACCACACAGAGCGAAUCUUGCUUCGACUACGUGGUCUCGUCCUAUGUUCCGAGCUUGGGGACAUUACUGACCACCCGCAGGACGGCGGAACCCUUGCUCCCCAACGAAGCAAGGGUUCUCCUCGCUGCAGAGCCCUCUCCUCUAGAAGCACAGAUGGUUACUCUCCCUCAUGCAGCGGAAGAGAUCGAGAGAGUUAUCUCGAUUCUGCCAUGUGGUACUUCUGCAGUCCUGCCGUCACCGACCGAGGGUACCGCGGCGACUCAACGAGGAGGUACGACGGUCCAGGAACUCCUGGACAGCCUACCGGACGCAAAUAUCCUCCACCUCGCCUGUCAUGGCUCGCAACGCCAAGGAAAUCCCCUGGAGAGCGCAUUUCAUCUGCGCGACGGCUCGCUCAGUAUUGCUCAGAUUAUGCAGGUACCUUUACCCCGGGCGUUUCUGGCAUUCUUGAGCGCAUGCGAGACCGCCAAGGGAGACACCAUGUAUGCGGAACAGGGGAUACAUCUCGGAGCUGCGAUGUUGUUCGCGGGAUUCAAGUCGGUGGUCGGCACCAUGUGGAGUAUGGAUGAUGUCGACGGUCCGAUCGUCGCCGAAACGGUCUACAAACAUUUGUUCGCAAGCAAAUCUGAGCACCUGGAUCCAAAUGUCAUACCGUAUUCGCUGGAUGCGGCCAUAGGGACGUUACGAGAGGAGGGUGCUCCACCGCACCGAUGGGCUACGUACGUCCAUCUAGGCAUGUAACAGAUCCAACUUGUAGAGUUAUAGCGC